AAUCCUUUUUCCUGGACGCGUUUCCUGGCUUCUUGCAGAGGGGACCGCAAAGACGACAUGCUUUACGCGUUGGACUCUCACUGCACCAGGACACAAUUUGGACUUUUAAUCGAUUUGGGGAUUUAAUGCAUUCAAAUCCAACAGAAAAUCUGUUGAAAGAAAGCAAAGGAACAUCUUGGGGUCCAAUAAAUACAGGAGUGCAAAAAGGGAGUGGACAGAUCCAGCUCUGGCAGUUCCUACUAGAGCUCCUCUCCGACAGCACCAACGUGUCCUGCAUCGCCUGGGAGGGCACCAACGGAGAGUUCAAGCUCAUCGACCCGGACGAGGUGGCCCGGCGCUGGGGCGAGCGCAAAAGCAAACCCAACAUGAACUAUGACAAGCUGAGCAGGGCGUUGCGCUACUAUUACGACAAAAACAUAAUGACGAAAGUCCACGGCAAGAGAUACGCCUACAAAUUUGACUUCCACGGCUUGGCGCAGGUGUGUCAGCCUUCAACCACCGAGCAGGCCAUCUACAAGUUUCAGGGGAACUUCUCCCCGAUUCCCUUUACCGGGAUUUCCAAACUGAACCUCGUGGCUCCUGGCGUGGGGCCCUCCGGUUUCUCCUAUUGGCCCGGGACCCCCCCGGCGGCUCUGUAUCACGGCCACAACUUGCAGCCUGCGGGGCCCUUUGGCACUGUUUCGCCAUCCCACAUCAGCUGCGUCAACAACAUCAACAGUCUGAGCAACAUCAAUAACCACUACAACUGACUCUUACUGAUCCUUUUAAAGCAAACUGGGAAAUGUAGACGUAACCGAUGCACUAUAGAGGUCAGUCAGGAUGCAGACAAAAAAUGUCAUUUCAACUAAAAUACUUG